AUGUGGAUGCUAACGGUUCUGGUGCGGACACUAAUGGUUCUGAUGCGGAUGCUAACGGUUCUGGUGCGGACGCUAAUGGUUCUGAUGCGGACGAGUGGAAUGGACCAGGAUGUUGGUGGCGGACCUGAUCUUUACAACCCAAAUAAGGAUCACAACACCUCAGAUGAUAGCAGCAAUGACGAAGCUACUCGCACACACUCUCGAGCUAUUGGUAACUCACGAAAUACCAAAGAUGUCCUCAACAAUCAUCACACAAGGAACCGUCGCCCUCGUAUACCCAACCCAGACAAGCUCGAGCAUUUACGUCGACAUGCUACUACUCAAGAUUUGGCUGAACCUUCCGAAGAAGAGGAGGUUGUAGUACCAUGCAAGAGAACGCGGACGGUCAAAUCAACUGCACAGAAUAUUCGUUUCUAUCCUCCUUCUUGGAGGGACGUUCUAGAGGCCGCGAAGAAGAAAUCGCACCUGGGUUUACUCACUAGCACAGCGUCGAAGCGCAGCGAUUUUCUCCAAACCAAGGCCAUCGAAUAUAUCUUAGAAACGCUCGAUGAUUUUGGAUCUCAAGGUAUAGGUGUCGACGAUGGAUACUGGGAUGAACACAAAUCAGAUAGGGCAGUCUUGCUAUGGGACAAUCGUGCUACUAUGCAUUCUGAGAUGAAUGCGCGUCCAAUUGUUCUAGCUCACUACGAAAUUCUUCCGCAUGAUAUUGACGAUGAGGAUGACUGUGAGCGGGAGGAUGGUAGUUUCCUAUGGGAUGGAGUGGAUGCACUGGACAGGACCAAUAACCUUGCAAACGAGGCCCUGGGCAGCUUCUGUAUGUCCUAUUUUUACAAGGGCGAGAAUGCGCUCGUGAAGACAUUUCCAGACUUAUUCGCUGAUGCUGUUUCCAAGGGUGCUGUCGCGCUCGCAGCGACUGCGCUUGCUGCUGCUAUUGACGAAUACAAGACUGGUUUCUACAAGCAAAUGAAAUUUGUGGCCGAGUUAUAUCAACCGAUCUACGACAAUGUCAUCAAGCUCUACAAUGAUGUAAAGAAGGACCACUAUCACGCCAAGAAAUGCCGGGCCGCCUGA